AUGCCCAACUUGGAGGAGGCAGAUAUUAGUUCGACAUACCCUGAUAUCUACAAGUUUGUCAGAUCAGUCACAUCCGUCAAGCGGCUUUCAUUAUGCAUAAGAGUCAAUGCCGAAGAGGCUUUAUAUCCUGAUGGUAUUGUCUUCAACCAGCUUGAGAAUCUAAAGCUAUGUCCAUGCGAUUCAAAUUGGUCAAAGCUAUUUGUCCGGUUGCUCAAAUAUUCUCCUAAUUUACGAGAGCUCGAAGUCUCCCUCAAUGAAGGUCAUACAAAAUGUUGUGUGGAUCCACAAGUUUCCUUGGAGAAUCAACUGAAUUUUGUUCCUGAAUGUUUGUUGUCGAGUCUCCAAACUUUCAAGUGGACAGGGAUACAUGGAUCGCUGAAAGUGAUGGAUUUGGCAAAAUAUAUCUUGAGAAAUGCUCGUUGCUUAAAGACUGCGACAAUUUUAUUUCAGCCAGCUCUAGAGACAGAACGUGAGACAAUGAUCCAGGAGUUGUUACUUUCUUUUCGAGAUAUGGACAAGAUUAGUAGGUUGCCUGAUGACUUGCUCGUGAAGGUACUGCUGUUUCUUCCAACUAAAAUUGCUGUAAGCACAAGUAUUUUAUCAAAGCGAUGGGAGUUUCUUUGGAUGUGGUUGCCUAAACUUGAGUACCAUAAUACCAAUUAUUCAGCUUCUGAAGAACAGCGGUUAAGGAGUUUCAUCAAUUUGAAUCUGCAAUUACAUAGAGCUCCCAUCAUAGAAAGCUUGCGUCUCAAGUUUAGCCUGGGGAGAUCAAUUAAGCCUCAAAAUAUCAAACAAUGGAUUAUAAUUGCAGUUUUCCGCUGCGUCCGUGAGUUAAGCAUCAACCUUUUUCCUCUUUAUUGUAUUGAGAAUCCUGCUAAAUUGCCGAGUAGUUUGUAUAUCAGCAAAUCGUUAGUGAUCUUGAAACUGAAAGACCAGAUUCUCGUGGAUGUUCCUCGUAUGGCUUAUCUCCCCUCCUUAAAAUAUUUGCUCCUAAAGCGGGUGACUUACAAAGAUUCAAAUUCUCUUCAUCAACUUCUUUCCAGUUGCCCCGUUCUCAAGAAUCUAGUCGUGGAACGGGAUGAAUAUAACCAUGAUGAAACAUUAAGUAUAACAGUCUCGUCCUUGCAGAGACUAACCCUAAAGAUAUCAAGAGGUGGAUCGUUUGAUGAGCUUGUGAUAAACACUCCUUCUUUGAAAUAUUUCAAACUUACAGAUUAUUUGGGUGAAUGUGAAACUGAGCUUGAUGAUGAUAGCUACUCCUACGUCUUUAAAGAUAUGCCUAAGUUAGAGGAGGCGCAUAUUGAUUCGACAUACCCUGAUAUCGGAAAGUUUGUUAGAUCAAUCACAUCUGUCAAGCGGCUUUCAUUAUGCGUAAAAGUUAACGCCGAAGAGGAUUCUCCUAAUUUACGUGAGCUCGAGAUCAAACUAAAUAAGGAUCAUAAAGCUAGUUUUGACGAUCCAGCUUGCUUGGAGAAUCAACUAAAUUAUGUUGUUCAAUCUUCAAUACCGAGUCUUGAAAGGUUCACAUGGACAUGGAUAUAUGGAUCGCAAAACGAGAUAGAUUAUCUUGAAAAACUUAAGAAACGCUUGUUGCUUACUAACUGGCAAAAUCUUGUUUAA